UUAGUUAUCAACCCCAAUUCGAAAGAGAGGCAAGGGUUAAGGUUUUCCACCCACACUCUGCCAUUGUAGCCGCCACUCCUCCACUCUCCGGCCACCAGAAAAAUAGGGGCGUUGCAUCUCGCCAUCUCUGUUAGUCCUCAUCGCAUCUUCGCUAUCGCCUGAGAAGCAGCUAUAGCCUUCGAACCACACCACCGAUUCUCUAGCAAUCUCUUGUGAAUUCAAAAUCCAUUGUAAUGAAGAAACACGGCAAAAGUAGAGUGCCACAGUCUCUUGCCGAGACUGAAUCUGAGGAGAGUGAGAGGGACGAAUCUUCAUAUUCUUCUUCUGGUUCCUCAGAAGAUGAAGAAGAGGAGGAGAUAAAGAAGGAGUUGGCUGAUGUAACGUUCGAGGAGUUGCAGAGAGCACGCUCAAAUGGGACACUUUCAUUUUUCCAGAAACACAAAGAAGAGAAAAAGCAAAAAAGGGCUAACAAGAAUAGGCCAAUGGAAGCUAGUAGCAAGAAGCCGGUUUCUAUUUUUAGAGAGGUCAUCCAAGCUCCUAAGAAGGUUGUACGUGAUCCACGAUUUGAAUCUCUCUGUGGAAAGCUUGAUUCUGAGGGGUUUAGGAAGAGAUAUAAUUUUUUAUACGAGAAUGAUCUUCCUUCUGAAAGACAGGCUUUAAAGAAGGAAUUGAAAAAAUGCAAAAAUCCUGAGAAAAUCCAUGAAAUAGAAGAACGUAUGUCCUGGAUUGAUAAACAGUUGAGGUCUGGCAAUUCAGCCAAGCGUAUUGAUGCAGAGAUUUUGGCUAAACACAAGAAAAAGGAGCGAGAAGCAGCAAAGCAGGGAAAACGUCCAUUUUAUCUCAAGAAAUCUGAAAUCCGAAAGCAAAGACUUGUUGAGAAGUACGAGGAUCUCAAGUCAUCUGGUAAACUUGAAGCAUUUGUUGAGAAAAGGAGGAGAAGGAAUGCUGCAAAGGAUCAGAGAUACAUGCCAUAUCGUAGAUCCGGUGACAAUGCAGAAUAAGGUUGUUUGCUGUGCUGCAAGAUUUACUAACAACUUUCUUUUUUCCCUUUGGGAUAAAGUAGGAGCUUUGAAUCUUGGUGGAGUAGUGGAGAAUUUUGGACUUCAGCCCUUACAAGACCUUGAACAUCACAGUCCCAUGAAGACUAUGGCCUGUGGGAAAAGGUGUUGUCAUACUCCAUUAGGUCCCUUGUCUUUGUGAAUGGUGAUUCUCUGAUUGCAUAGGUUGCUGAGAUUCAUAGGCUUCAACCAAUGAAUAUGGAUGUUAGAGUAUGUAACAUUUCUUUUCAAAAAACUUAAGAGGUGGGGAGUUUCAGUUUAAUUCAGAGAUCCCCUUUUGAAUUUUUGUGCUUAAUUUUUGUUUUCAAUACAAAAGAAGGGUUAGUAGAUGAAAGUCUCAUUAAUUA